UUAAGCAACAGUAUUUGGUUGAACGGUUCUGCAGAAGUUCAGACGGAAACGCCGAGCACCGAACAUCCCAAUCCUCCGCUAUAUAACAAUACCAAUUCCAAAACAUCAAAAAUCAAAUCAAAAACCCCAAACAAUAAAGGAAAAAUAACAAACGUAGAAUUCUAUGAUGAGUUCUUCAUUUGGUUUGGUACUAUCUGUACUGGCCACUUUGGUGGUUGCUUCAUCCGCCAACUUCCACAACGACGUAAACAUCACCUGGGGAGACGGCCGAGGUAAGAUUCUCGAGAACGGCGAGCUUCUUACUCUCACCCUCGACAAAUGGAGCGGUUCCGGUUUCGAAUCCAAGGACGAAUACCUCUUCGGGAAGAUCGAGAUGAGCAUUAAGCUGGUUCCAGGCAACUCUGCCGGCCUUGUCACGACGUAUUACCUUCGUUCACACGGCAAAACUUGGGAUGAAAUCGACUUCGAAUUCUUGGGAAACUCGACCGGCCAACCGAUUACGAUUCACACCAAUGUGUACUGCGGAGGAAAAGGUGACAGAGAGCAACAAUUUCACCUUUGGUUCGAUCCCUCCCAAGAUUUCCAUACCUACACUAUUCUUUGGAACCCUAAACGCAUCAUUUUCUCCGUCGACAACACCGUGAUCAGAGAGUUCAACAACAUGGAAUCGAUGGGCGUUCCGUUCCCAACGAAACAGCCGAUGAGAAUGUAUGCAAGUUUUUGGAACGCCGACGAUUGGGCGACUCGUGGCGGGCUAGUCAAGACGGAUUAUAACCUAGCUCCUUUCACCGCGUCUUAUAGGCGUUACAAAGCCGAGGUUUGCGUCUGGUCUAACGGCAAAUCUUCAUGUCCCAGCAGCGCAGCAUGGAUGACAGAAGAACUCGAUGUCGCCACCAAACAGAAGCUCCAAGAUAUCCAGAAAAAGCACAUGAUCUACAACUAUUGCACUGACACCAAUCGCUUCGCUGCUACUGGACUUCCUAAAGAGUGCACCGCUCCUCCAAAAUAAGGGGGACCAAAAGUGAAUAUUUACCUCUUUAUUUAAUAAAAUUUUAUAUAUUUAAGGAUUAAAAGGACUGUUUAACCUAACCAAGGAGAGCUAAGGCCGCUGUCAGCCCCUGGUGUCGUCCCUUAGUAAAAUAAAAAUUGUAAUAAACUCAACCAUUUAUAUUCUAGAUUUGAUUUAAAUGAUUGAUUGAAUUUUCAUUUUUUUA